UAUAACCCACAAACUGUGUACACGUGUCAGUCGGUCGACAGGAGGAGAAUCAGAUUCCUCUCUCUAAUCGAAGAUACUUGGCCUCGCCGCCGCGACAAAGGAACCAUUUUGGCUUCUGCUUGAGGUUUUAGGAGAGGUUUGAUUGUUGAGUCUGAAAGGAGUUAACUUUGAUUCUCGUACUCGAAUCUUGAUUCAGCAAAUGGCGUCUUCGUUCUGGAACAUAGCUUAUCAACAAGCAACGAAAAGCGGUGUGCUUGUGGCCAAAGUCUACUCCUUUCUCCAUGUAACCACUAACUACCUCGCCUUCCCUGCUUAUGCUUUUGGUCCGAGCAUGAUCCCCACGCUUCAUCCUUCGGGUAAUGUCGUGCUGGCCGAACGAAUCUCCAAACUGACUCGUGGAGAUGUUAUUGUUUUGCAAUCUCCUGAAGACCCUAACAAGCUUCCGACCAAGAGAGUGGUUGGACUUGAGGGAGACUCUGUAAGCUUCGUGGUUGAUCCGGGGAAGAACGAUGAAUCAAGAACCAUUGUGGUUCCUAAAGGGCAUGUCUGGGUGGAAGGUGACUAUACUCAGAACUCUAGAGACUCGAGAAGCUUUGGUCCUGUACCUUAUGCUCUUGUUCAAGGCAGAUUGCUUUGGAGGGUUUGGCCAUUUCAAGAUUUUGGACCCAUUGGACCACCGACCACAACUUGAGAAAUAUGGGAGUUAGCUUGGUUGGUGGGUUUGUGAGUUUAG